AUGGAUUAAAACUACUUAUAGAGACUAGCAUAAGAGGAAACGCAUACAGAAAAUCAUCACAUUUCAAUUCUUGAUAAUGAUUUUAUGCAAACAUUGUAUGAAAAUAAUCCACCUAAAAAUCUCACAUAGAAUAUGCCUUUCUAAGUUAACCAAAAUUUUGGACUGUUGACUAGCGAGGGAAAUCCCUUUACCACAAAUUUCAAUUUAGGUGCAUACAAUCAUACCAUAAAUUAACAAAAUUCCUAAAAUCCGCUAAACAUAGGCUUAAACUUUGCUGGAUCGAACAACACCAAUUAAUUUGGAGCAAGUUUUCUUCAUUAAAACAACUCUGGAAAUGGAUCGGCAUAGGAUGACUUCAAUAAAUAUAUUGCAAAUAAUACAAGCUUUUUAGAUGGAGGAGACUAUAUGAAUGCCAACAUUUAAAUAAUAAAAAAAUCAAAGGGUAAUUCAAUUAAGAAUAAUAAUUAACAGAAGACUCAGGAUGAUAAAAAGUUAUCUAAUUCUCGCUAAAACUCAAACAGUGAAGCUCAAAAUGCUGCAAAUGGCUAAAUGAAUGAUGAAUAAAAAUUGAAACUUGAAAAAAGUCAAAGUCAAUAAAAUAAUUUAAAUAGUAGCAUUAACAGUAACAACAGCAAUAAUACAAACAACAAUAGUAAUAAUAACAAUAAUUCUAACAACACAAAUAAUGCUGCCAACAGCAAUAACAAUAAUAAUGCCAAUGGCAAUGCAUCUUCCUUAAAGCAUACAACCAAAAACACAUAUAUAAACAAAAUUAAUUCUCUCAUCACUGAUCAAGAAUAGCUCAAAAGAGAAUCCUAAUUUAUUCAAACUCUGUAAAAAGAAUAAUAAUUUUCUGAUGUUAUUUUGAAAGACCAACGUAUGUAAGAAAGUGUUAGAAUAAGACAAUAAUAGCUAUAACAAACAAAGGAUUAAGUUAGUCCUGUUCCUGCAUCUAAUCCAAUAACAAUAACUAACAAAUCUCAGUCAUCAACUGAUGCCAUCUAAAAAGAAAACGAUUAAUAUGCUUUAUACUCCCAACAAGACAAAGGUUCAGAAAGCUCUUCCAGUAAUUAAAAUGGAAGCAAAUAAAAUUAUGAAAAAAAACUCAACGAAAAACUUGUUAGAAACAGAGAAAGUGCCAGAAACAGCAGAAAAAGAAAGAAAAUUUACAUUGAAUUGCUUGAAACAAAAGUUGCUAAUCUCAACGAAGAGCUAGAAAAAACAAAAAGAGCUUUAGAAUCAAAUAACUAAUAUUUAAAUAAAAUGAGCUUCCAAACUUAACUAGCAGGAUUGAAUCUAAACUAAACUUAGUUACUUGAUAAGCUAGAAAAGUGUAUUCAAUCUAACGGCGAAGAAAAUGAAAUUAAUUUACUUUUAGAUAGUCUGAGAUUUAGAUUAGGAGCAACAGGAAAGGAAAGAAUUACAGCAAUAAACUACUUCUUCAAAUAAAUAUUGGACAUUUGUAUACCAACUCAUUUCAGAUACUUACUUUAUACUGCAGAUGCAGAGGAAGACAUGUUUGCUGAUAAUCCUUUCUCUCCUGAACAAAUGAAUAAGAGACCUGAUUGGAGAAAAGAAUUAAUAUAGUACGUUGACAUUAAUGAUACUCAAAGAUAAAAAAUUUUGAAGUUCAAGAAGAAAUUUAAAUAAGAAAAAAAGAAUUUAGAUGACUUAAUAAUCAGUUUGUAAUAAAUUAAGAAGAACAUUCAAGAAAAAACUUAUUCCUUAGAGCACAUGGUAGAUAGCCUUAGAAAUUAUAUGAAUCCUAUGCAAUCAGCUAAGUUUUUAUCUUUUAUGGAAAGAAAUAGAUAUAGAAAAGAGAUUUCUAAUACAAGUCUUUGGCAGGCCUUGAAAGCUGAAGAUCAAGAAGUUGAUGAUUAUGAGGAUGAUAAUAUUAGUUAAAAUAAUGAUCCUAAUUCUCAGUUAUAGUUUUUGUGCUAACAGACAUAAUAAUAAUUAUACUUCUAAUAAUAAUACAAUCAACCACAACUUGGGUUUAAUAGUAGUGGAUUUUUAGGUGAUUUCUAGAAUCCCUACGGAUAACCUGCUAAUAAUGGAUUUUAAAAUUCUUUUUAUGGAGGAAUGCCAAACCCAUAAAACUUAAUGGGAAAUGGACCAACUCCUAAUAACAAUAAUCCCCAAUUUUCGAGUUAAAAUAGUGCUUUUAAUUACCACCAAAAUCAACAAUAAAAUGGAAUGAACGGAAAUAAUGCUUUACACUAAGGGAUGAUGUAGCAAUCUCUAAACGACUUUAGUACAAAAAUUGAAUCAGGCUCACUUCCUAGGAAAAAAUUGAAGAGUAAUAAUUCAAUGAGUCAGGACCAGAUGUGA